UUGUUCCAAUAAAGAGAAGACUUAUCGAUAACCAUGGCUGACCAGUAUAGUAUGUUUCUCACCACGGCGCCCCCCCUCCGGCGAGGAAGCACACCCCUACCUGUCAAACAUCAGCUGCGGAGGGAAGAGGCCGUAUCCGAGGACUGCGAUUGGAUCCCGGGCUUGGAUGAGCCUGCCACGUUGCCUAUUAGUGACACAGCGGUGCCUCGGGAUGAGUCCUUCAGCCAAUCGGCAGCCGCCCAGUCGGCUUACCACAGCCACGGCGGGGCAUUGAGAAUAGUGCUCCUGGGACAGAAUGGCGUGGGCAAGUCAUCGCUGGCCUUAUCUCUGGCCGGGCAGUCGGACAGAUCCCUCUCUAUAGACUCUGAGACACAAGCAUGUGGUGAGGGCUACGAGUGCACAGUGACAGUCGACGACGAGGACAGCAAAGUCAUAAUUUUCGACAACUGGAAACAGGACCUGUCCACUUUGCAGUGUGACGUGUGUAUCCUGGUCUUCUCAGUGACUGACAGGCGAAGUUUCCACCGCACCGCCCAGCUCCGCCUCCUCCUCAGGGAGUCCCAGCCACACACACCAAUCAUCCUGGUGGGCAACAAGAGCGACCUGGUCCGCUCCCGUGAAAUCAGCUCAGAGGAGGCCCAAUCCAGUGCGAUGAUGUUUGACUGCCUCUACCUGGAGCUCUCGGCCUCCCUGGAUCACGGCACCAAUGAGCUGCUGGAGGCAGCAGUUCGGACUGCACGGGGCGACUGCGUGGGCCCCGGCUGGACCGACGGGGACCCCGGGGCAGGCCGCAGGGAGAGCCUGACCAGCCGGGCAAAACGUUUUUUGUCGGGGCUGGUACCACGCUCUUAUGGCCGAGACCGGGACCGGGGACGCUACCGGGAGAUGAGCCGCCACCGGGGCAGCAAGAUCCUCCGCCAGAAGUCCCGCUCCUGCCACGACCUCAGCGCACUGUGA